CCGCAGGCGAAUGGGGCAAGGCGUCGCUUGCGCUGCGGAGCCGUGCCAGGGCCUCAGGCACGACUUGGACACCGUGCAGGUCGACAUCGGUCGGCUCCGCGAGGCCCUCGCGGCGCAGUGCGGGCAGCCGGGCGACGGUGGGCCCUGCGCCGAGGAGCCUCCGCAGCGCAGGGCCCGCACUCUCCCGGAGCCGCUCGCAGAGCCCCCGCCCGACGUCUCCUGCCUGGAGGCAGACCUGGCGCCCUACGGCACCUCCAGAGGAGGCGCUGGCGGUCUUCCGGCGCCCGCGGCGGAGAUGCCGGAGCAGCUUGCGCCAGAGCCAGGGCAGGGGACCGCUGGGUCGCCAGAGCCGCCCGCACCGGAGGGGCACGACCAUUCGCCAGGUCGCGUGAGCGCGGUCUCCGCGCCGCCCGAGCGGGCCAGCGGCUUCGUCGAGGACCGCGACGACGAUGAGACGCAGGAGGAUGCCCCCCUGGUGCCGCUGGAGCGCGCUCCCAACUCCGUUGAGGUGCCCUUGCCUCAGCUGGCGAUGCUGGCGCGCCCGGCGGCGCGGCCCCCGCCCGGACGAGGUCGCUCUGUGGGGCCAGCGCCCGAGAGGGCUGCCUGCCCGCCGGACGGCGAGCGGGACAUGAAGAAGGCACAGGCGCUGUUCGCGAGCCUGAUAGCACCUGCGGCAGAUGCUCCUACGCCCUCACGGCGGUCCCGUGGGCAGUCGCAGGGCCGGCGGCGUCGCCGCUCCGCGCCAGACCCCGACCGGGUCGUCCCCGUCAACUCCGCGCCGAAGGCCCCGCUCACGGCGCGCGGCUGGGCUGCCGGGGCGCCGAAGGGCCAGGUCCCUGGCGGCGAGCGCCCGCGAGAGCGGCCGCGGGAGCCGCCGGCGGGAGCCGAGCGGUCUCCCCGCGAGGCCACGCCGCUGCGGGCGCUGAACGGCAGCUUGCCGCAGUUUCCGGGCGUGUCCAGGCGGGACGCCAGCCAGCCGCCGCCGCGGUGAGCGGCGACCCGCACAACCGGCGCCCCGUCCCAGGCCUGCAACGAGCCCUGCCGCCGCUGGCCGCUCGUCGCGUGCCGCUUCCCCCCGCUCCCUGCGUGCUCCGAGUGCAGGUCACCACGUUCGGUGCCCGAGGCCGCCUACGCUUCCCCCACUCGCCGGUCGGGCCCUGCCUGGUUCCUCGCCCUCAUCGGUGGCACUGCAGGGGCAGCCGCCCCAGUCCCCUCCAGGACCCCUCUCUUUCCGCCAGGGUGCGCCGCAGGCGCGCCCUCCGCUUUCCCCGUGACGACCAGGGGGCCCCGGCCAGCCGGCGCCCCCCGCCGCCACUGCACCGGUCGGCCGUCGGCCCGCGCACUUGUGGGAGGUUCCAGCUGUCCGCCGGCGCCAGCUCCGGCCAGGGCCGAUCAUGGGUCCAGUCGGCUAGACGUGAGAGUGACCUUUCGUUGGAGUGACCUUUGUCGCGGGCCCAAUGGGGUCCCCUGAUCGCUGAACGCGACGCGGUAGCAGCGGCUUCCGCGCCUGGUUUUGGCCACCCCGCGUCCCCCGGUACGCCGCGCACCAAAGGUCACCUGUUGCCUUGAGUCAUUCUUGCAUGUAACCG